GGGCGGCCGCUGUGCUCUGGGCAGUGCAUUCUUUCCCAUCUGCCGGGAAAUCCUCCCAUUUUCCUGAGAAGGCCAGAGUAGAUGGGGUAAGCAGGGCCGAGGCUCCCUGACAUUGCAAAGCAGGGCUGGGGCUUCCGGGACUCAAUGCAGAGCUGCAGGAUCAGGGUGGGGAGGUUUGUCUGGUGGAAGAGACCAGCAGCUUCUUCACUUAACUCAUUUUGAAGCCUGACUUCUAACAGCACAUGGCACUCAGACUCCUUUGCAAUAAGGUGUAGCCACUUGAUUUAAGUUCCUGCUAAUGUUCAGAACGGGAACUUCUGAGACAUCUCUCACAAUGACAAGGGGCUUGCCCCAAGAAGUCAUCUAUCGAGAACAAAGACAAGGCAAGAUGGCUCACCGAGCUCUGGGACCCCACCGGCAGGAUCAAGAGUUGGCGGGAAGGCGCUGCAGGCGGUGCUGGAGAAAUUGAAAUAUGAAGUUCUGGCAGGUGGCGUGAGCAAGCAGUGGUGGCAGCAGAAAGCUUUGGCCUGGGAAGAAGGGGACAGUGCCAGGGAGGAUGUCUGCGUCCUGAACCAGAAGAGGACAGUCUGCAGGCUGUGAGUGGGGCCUCCUGACUCUGCACUUUUCCAUCCUCCUCCAGGAUGACUCUUGACUGGCACAGCUCCUUGAUCCUCACAGCCUACAUCCUCAUCUUCCUCACUGGCCUCCCUGCCAACCUCCUGGCCCUGCGCGCCUUUGUGGGGCGGGUCCGCCAGCCCCAGCCAGCGCCCGUGCACAUCCUCCUACUCAGCCUGACACUAGCUGACCUCCUCCUGCUGCUGCUGCUGCCCUUCAGGAUCAUCGAGGCUGCGUCCAACUUCCGCUGGUAUCUGCCUCAGAUUGUCUGCGCCCUGACUGGUUUUGGCUUCUACAGCAGCAUCUACUGCAGCACGUGGCUCCUGGCGGGCAUCAGCAUCGAGCGCUACCUGGGAGUGGCCUUUCCCGUGCAGUACAAGCUCUCCCGGCGGCCUAUAUAUGGAGUGAUCGCUGCUCUGGUCGCCUGGAUCAUGUCCUUCGGUCACUGCACCAUAGUGAUUGUUGUUCAGUACUUGAACUCCACCGAGCAGGUGAGAGACGGGAGCGAAGGAACGUGCUAUCAGAACUUCACGCAAGACCAGCUCGAUUUGGUGCUGCCGGUGAGGCUGGAGCUGUGCCUGGUCCUCUUCUUCAUCCCUAUGGCGGUCACCAUCUUCUGCUACUGGCGCUUCGUGUGGAUCAUGCUUACCCAGCCCCACGUAGGGGCCCAGAGGAGGCGCCGAGCCGUGGGACUGGCUGUCGUGACCCUGCUCAACUUCCUGCUGUGCUUCGGACCUUACAACUUGUCACACUUGGUGGGGUUUUUCUUACGGCAAAGCCCCCAGUGGCGGGAGGAGGCCGUGGUAUUCUGUUCCCUCAAUGCCACCCUGGACCCGCUGUUGUUCUACUUCUCUUCCUCGGUGGUGCGAAGAACUUUUGGCGAAGGGCUGCAGCUGCUGCGCCUUCAGGGCUCCUCCCUGCUCGGGUGCAGAGCUAAAGAGACAGCAGAGGUGAUUGCAAGUGGGGACAGGGGCGUGAGUCAAACAGAGAGAAUGCCAAGUUCGGACCUCAUCACAGACUAGUGAUUUCCUGCACCUUUGGGGUGCGCUGGGCCACACAGGAGUUGGGAAGCCAGGGAGGUGGGAAGCUCCCAGAGGCAGGAAUCCUCCAGCCCAAACGAUGACUGGGACUUUGUAAAAAAUCUCUCUUGCUAGCUUGGUAUCAUUGCCUGUCUGAAAUUUCCUUCCCAAGUGAUCAUAGCUCAGUGAUAUGAGAAGGAACGGUCAGGCCUGGAAGCACUGUCUGGCCGGGUGUUGGAAACAAGGUGGUCAGUAUGAAUUCAGUCUUCGUGAGGAAGUUGGUGGCAGGGAAAGAUGAAAGCAGAGUCCUAAAGCAACCUUGCUACAAGCUUAGGAACAGCACCUAGGCACUGGUCUGGCUGUUGGUGCUGGAAAGAAGCCAGCGAGAAAGAGAUGGAAGAGAAAUACUAAAUGAAAGCCCAGAAAUCUCCACAAGGUGCUGAGCAAAGGGGACUGGAAAGGCUUAGAUCUCUACUGAUCUGGGGUGCACUGUAUCAGUUUGACCUGUUGUUUCAUAUGUGCGCUUUAUUCAUUUUCUCAUUAUUGUGUCCGCUCCAUUAAACUUGGAGCUGCACGCGGUCUGGGCCUCUUCAUCCUCCCUGUUACCCCACGCAGACCAGCAGGUGGCUUGGCACCCAUCAUUCUGAGACUGACACUGGCUAUCGCAGGAGAAAACA